UCCGCUGCUCUCCUCCAUCCGCCACCUCUCUCUCUCUCUCUCUCUCUCUCUCUCUCUUUGCGUGCGUUUGUGAGAUGAGAUGGGGUUUGGGAGCGGCGAUCCGCAGGCGGUGAUGAGGGAGUUUCUCCACCAGGUCGGGGGCUGCGCCGUCAUCGACGGCGGGCUCGCAACGGAGCUCGAGGCCAAUGGCGCCGAUCUCAACGACCCUCUCUGGAGCGCCAAAUGCCUCAUUGGCUCCCCCCACCUCAUCCGCAAGGUUCAUCUGGACUAUCUUGAAGCUGGUGCACAUGUUAUAAUCACAUCAUCCUAUCAGGCUACCAUUCAGGGUUUCAAGUCAAGGGGCUUCUCUCAAGAAGAAAGUGAAGACUUAUUGCGGAGAAGUGUUCAAAUUGCACGUGAAGCUCGUGAUAUAUUUUAUAACGAUUGCUUAAGAGGAUAUGGUGGCCAAAGUGACAUUAAAAAGCACACUGUUUUGGUGGCAGCCUCCAUAGGAAGCUAUGGAGCUUAUUUAGCAGAUGGUUCUGAGUAUAGUGGGCACUAUGGCAAAGAUAUGACCAUAGAAAAUUUGAAGGAUUUUCAUAGAAGAAGACUUGAGGUCCUUGCUGAAGGAGGUGCUGAUUUGAUAGUUUUUGAAACAAUUCCAAAUAAAUUGGAAGCUCAGGCAUAUGCUGAACUUCUUGAGGAAGAUAAUAUAAGCAUUCCUGCUUGGUUUUCUUUUAAUUCAAAGGAUGGUGUUAAUGUGGUUAGUGGAGAUUCAUUGACUGAAUGUGUCUCGAUUGCUGAUUCAUGUAAGAAGGUAGUGGCUGUUGGAAUAAACUGCACUCCUCCUAGAUUCAUCCAUGGAUUAAUCCUCUCCAUAAAAAAGGUGACAAAGAAACCAAUUUUGAUAUAUCCAAAUAGUGGAGAGAGAUAUGAUGCUGAUAAAAAGGAAUGGGUGGAAUCCACUGGUGUCACCGAUGAAGAUUUUGUUUCUUAUGUUCAAGUAUGGCAUGAAGCUGGAGCCUGCCUGAUUGGAGGCUGUUGCAGGACUACUCCGAACACGAUAAGAGGCAUAUCUCUUGCUCUUCAGAAGGAACAUGCCAUUCCAAGAGAAUCUGUACCAUAAAACGUUUGCAGAACCUAAAGUCCUGACAAUAUAGACCUAUCUAUGUAACAGUGGUCUAAUGCCGAUGUCUGCAUAUUAUCUUCAUCGUGGUUAUCGUCAGACAAACUCUUUUUUUAUUUGCACUUGUAGUUCCGACACAUUUUGUUAGGCUGUUCGGAGUCAAGUAAAUUAUAUUUAAUUUGUUUGGUUAUUCUUUGAGAAUUUUGUGAAACAUGUUAAUUUGCA